GAAGAGCAGCGAGAAGAGACGAGCUGUGAGGGUUCACAUGAGACUUUGUUCUUUGGGUUGCACACUUUCUUGGUAGUUCCCGUAAGCUCCACUGACAAAAUGGAUCAACUUGAGAACUCCACUGCUCCACCUAAACGCCUCUUGCCGAUGACACAGAGCAGCGCGAGCUCCCAUGUGGACAAAAACGGCGGGAACGCGUACCUGUACAUAGUAAUAGUCAUGUCUUUCUACGGAAUCUUCCUCUGCGGUAUAAUGCUGGGUUAUUUCCGCUCUAAAAGACGAGAGAAGAAGAGAACCAACAUCUUCACGCGCCUUGUGCACGAGGAGGAGCAGCGGGAGUGGGGAGCACUGCCCAAGAAACACAGCCUCACCUUUCCCCCCGCUGUCUCGGGACUACGCUCGGUGCAGGUGUCGCUGCCUUUCUGCGGUAACCACAGUAACUACUUUGGACACCUCCACGAGGGCGCGCUUUCCUCGCCGCUCGCGUGCUCGCUGUGCACGGAGCAGAGCAGCAUCAGCUCCCUGUGCUCGUCCGCGGACACGCGCCUCGCCAUAGAGGAGGAGUCGGACAGCGGCACGGCGGAGGAGCCGGAGGAGAUCAUGAAGGGAGGGUCCGAGAACAGCGGAGAUGAUUCAGGCUGAACUCCGCACAGACAGACUAUGUUUAAUCGUAGAAAAAGAAAGAGGAGGGACAUCACCUGGAGGGGAGUUCAGAGGACGUCCUCCUUACGCAGAUGCGCAGACAGUCCAACCAUCAGCCUCAAUCAUCUGUAAGCCAUAAAAACACUUCUCAAACCACCCUAAUUAUGGAAGAAGCAUCUAUUAUGGAUGCAAAAUCAAACCUUAGGAUCCAGAGAGAAAUGUUCUUUAGACCUAGUUGGUAAAACACUGACAGAUUAGAGCACAAAAUGUUUGAUUUUUCAGUAUUUUUAAACCAUAUUUUCUCUUCUUACGCACAUCAAUCAGAACAUUUUUUUGAGGCUGUGUCCUUUUAAACACACUUACUGAAGGCCUACAUCCAAAUUAGGACACAUACUGCUGUGAUGACAAAAUAACAGUGGAAGGAGUGACACAUGUACAUUGGUUAUAAUUGUGUUUUCUGUUUGGAUAACCUGAGAGUGAUAUAAAUCUUCCACACAUAUUUAUCCAUCAGUCUAAGAGCUGUAUGUGCACCAGCAGCUCAGCACCCAGACCAAUGCAAAGGUAAUCAAAUCUGCAUUGUGUAAACAUGACUUUGUCACAUUUGAUGGUGGACCCUUCCCCGCCUGAGCCCCCCUACUGACACUGCAUGGAGGACUGAACCAUGACUCAUCCUGCAGGAGGACUGAGGGGCUAUUUGUCUCUUUGUUUUGGACAGAACUUGACUUGCUCCUCCCAUCGUGGCGUGGCGCAGCUUUGAAGCGUACCUGGAACCCACUUGAAAGAUUGUGUUAGUAGUAGCUUCACGAUCGACUCUGCUUGUACAGUCAGUAACGAAGGUUUACUUCAUGAAAACAAUGCACUGUAAAUACUGUUUGAGGUUUUUUUUUCACUUUUCAAGGCCUAACUUAAGAUGGAGUCUCUGUAGUGUUUCUAAAAUAAUAAAUGAACUGAUGCAA